AUGCGAGCGUCCCUGUUUUCGGCUGCUCCGGAGACGGCCACUUCCACUUCCGCACACAGCGAAGGAGCCGCAGGUGAAAAGAGGGAUGACACGGAAGUGAGGAAAACGGACGUCGCAGAGCCCGUCUCCCUGGACGCCCCAGCAACUGGACUCUGUGAGAGACAUCUGGCCGAGGUCGACCAUGUGCCAUUCGGGGACAGACGACCACGUUUGAGUGCCCAGUCUUUGCCUGUGCGUCAGUAUCUGGACCUAAUGGUAGUGCCAGCCCUUCUGCCUGCCCUGACGGUCCUUGUGAAUGAACGCCCUGAACAGCCAGUAGAAUUUCUUGCUCACUGGCUACUUGAAAACGGUCCGAAGUACGCCAGCCGAGACAACGGUUCGUCUGCCGAUGCUGCUGCGGCGCUCUCAGUGCUCGUGGGGAGAGGCAGCUGA